UAAAACUGGACUUUUUCCAAGAUUUGCCGAUGGAUUCAGGGAAAAUGAUGAUCAGAAGAAAACCGGACACGCCUUCAAACAAACCAAAGGCAACGGAAGAAAGCCAACGUCUAAAGGAGGUCAGUGCCAAAAAUCUGGAGCUCAGUAAGGUGAUUCGUCUUCUUGAAGAUCCUUUGACUGCCAGCUUGAAGGAGAGGCACCUUUUUGUUCUGAAGAAACUGAUCAAGAGAAACCAGAUUGGUUUUCGUCUGAAGGAGCUGACAGGCAUAGCCAAAAUACUCAACAUCUGUGCUGAGAGAGUGAAGGAUCAGCCCGAAUAUGUGCCCAUUUUGUGUGAUGCUCUAAAAAUAUGCAGGCUUCCUUUCCUGAAGGAGAAAUCAUCUGAUGAGCUGAACUACGCCAAGGGUGUCAUUGACUUUCUCUCUCACAUGGGGUGUCUAAUGAGGGUGUCAGAUGCUGAAGUGAGACAGCAGAUAGUUGAAACAGUGAAAUCCUUCUACAGCUGUGUGGCCCCCAAACAUCUGCUUGAUGGUACUGUCCAUCUCAACAAGAAAAAGCCUCGGACUUUCCCCUCUGACAACCGAUUUACUAGACUUUCAUUGAAGCUCCAGCCAACCUCCCCAGGCUACAGGCUUCAGCUCUUGGAGCGUAGUGACCUGGCUCAGACGUUGCUCCUCUCCAUGGCUGUUGUACAGGACCAGCCGGCCAUCAAGCUGCAGCUCUUGCAGACUCUUCAACUCCUGUCCAGCUCCUCUGAUUUGAACUGUGCAUCAAUGCUCAGAGCACAAGGAGCAGAGAGGAUUUGUCUCCAUAUGAACGAACCUGAUGAGUCUGGUCAGGUCCUUUUCUGCUCCUCUGAGAUCCUCUGGAACCUUCUGGAGAGAGGCAACAAGGAGGAAGUGACCGCACAGCUCAACAGCAUAGAGACUAUCAUAUCUCUGAAAGAAGCGUUUCUCUACCAGCUGACGAACGGUUUCAAACAUUCUGACCUUCAACUCAGAAAUGAUCUGUUGGUGAUCACAUCACUCCUUGCUGAUAAUCCCAACUCUCUGCUUGUGGAGAGUCUGUUUGCGAAAUUGCUUGUUGUUCUGGCCACAUUUCCAGAGGUGAAAAGUCAAAACCCGUUGGUGCGCAACCUCAAGCUUAGCUUCAGUGAUCAAGACUUGAAAAUGAAGAAGUUACUGUUGAACCUGUUGGUUUUAAUGUCAAGUGAUUUCACUGCCCUGCAGCUUUAUAAAGAAGAACAAGUCUUGUCAGCUCUCCUGACGCUCAUAAAGCCACCUAGUACCUCCUCUGGACGGCGGUCUGGUUCACGUCACUGGUCCUCCAUCCAGCAGGAGGAGCUGCUGCUGCAGGCACUGGCCACCCUGGCCACCAUCGCUCCACUCAUGCUGGAUGAUUUCUUAACCUUUCAGGGGAAUAAGUGUCUGCUGCUCCUGCUGGACUGGUGCCUCAAGCAAGACUCUUUCUUUGGCCAGGGUCACAGCUUUCAUGGCACAGGAGGAAGAGGCAGUAAGAAGGCUCAGAUGCGGUUCUGUAUUCGAGUGAUGAGGUCCCUGACAUCUUUAAGAGAAGAGUCGGUCAACCAGGACCUCUGUAAUCAAGAUGCCAUCAGCAAGCUUAUAGGGAUUUUGAUGCAGAUGGAAGCGAGUCCUGAUGAAGAGGAUAUAAUAACUGUGGAGAUUAAAUCAGACAUUCAGUUGGUACUCUCUGCACUGUGUGAGAGCGACAUGCAGAGAAAGGAGCUGUUUGGAUCAGAGGGAGUUGAGAUGAUGACUCACUUCUUAAAGAAAGGCUCUGACAAGUUCUACAGCGGACUGGGACACAACAAACUCAUCCUGUCCACAGUGGACUGUGUGUGGUCCUGUAUCAUUGGUUGUUACACCACUGAAGAUUACUUUCUGGCUAAAGAGGGAGUAUUUCUUCUGUUGGACCUACUCAAUUCAAGCCCCAGAUGUGUUCACGACAACGUCCUGGCCACCCUCCUGGAACUCUGUGAUAAUCCCAACACUCUGUCUCACAUCCUGAGAUGGAAGGACAACGGCGGGAAGACGGCUAUUGGACUCCUGCUCCAGCUGUGGAGGGAGGAAGAGGAGGAGCUCAAAGUCAGCAGGAGCAGACAGGGAGGGAUCGCAGAUCCUCAAAGACCGCUCCUCAGCCUGCACCAGCAGGAAAAUGCCCAGCUGUCGUGUCCUGAUCACACAUCGAGUGCAGCAGUGCUGGAGUUAUCAGAGAGCCUGCGCUCCAAGAUUUACUCCAUCUUCUGCAAACUUGGAUUUCAGGACCUUCCUGGUUUGUCAACAAAACAUUAUAUGACCCUGAGCAUCGUCAGGAGAUAUCUGGACUUCAAGGUCGGGGAGGUUUGGGACGAGAUCAACAGGGAGCUGACUUCAGACGGUGUGAGGCCAAUAACCCCAGAUGAGGAGGCUCUGAACACGAUCUGUAAGAUUGCAGAGGACACGGCAAGAAGGGUCAUAGAGGAACAGAACAGCAUCCUGGAGCAGCAGGAGAAAGAGGAGAUCAGCAAGGAGGAGCACAUGUACACUGAGAUGAAGUCUCAUUUGAAGCAGCAUGAGCUCACAGCAAAGUCAUUGGACAGCUAUGUUUCAAAGACUUCGAAUUAUGAGACCCUGAAGGAAGUCAAAGCACAGAGGGAGAAACACAUUGAAUCCUGCAGAACCAAAGUAAAGCCUGAGGAAGCAGCAGGUCGUCUAACAGAGCAUUUUAUUGGGCAUGUCAUGUCUAUAGAGACCACAGUCGCUCCGGGGCCGGCGGGAGUGAAGGUGACGUUGGCCAGAGCUCCUAUCAAGUCCGCAGGUCAGGACCAGGUGAGACCAGGAAGAAAGGACCCUGAGUACUUCAGCACUGUUUCUGUGAAAGACUGAAGACAACAAAGACUCAGAUGAGAUGCAAACAGCCCCAGCUUCUGUAAAUACUGGAGAGUUUUAUGUGACUUUGGCAGAAGUUGCAGACAUGAGGUCAGAUGAUGAGUACAAUCAGCAUCUUGUAGUCAGACAUCCUGAUAUAGACACAGAAACACAGUACAGAACUUUGAAUGGCCUUUGUGGACUGGCACACAGUACAGCUGCUUAAUAAAGGCAUAAAACCACAUGUUCUUAGGUAGAUUUAGUUUUAGACUGUUCUUCACAACAUGCAAAGCUUUAAAUUUUAAAUGAUAACAUUCUCAAAUGUUCCUAUGUUUCAAUUAUUUAUUCCUUUAUAUAACAGUAGUGCAGCGUGAACUGCAAGGCCCCAAACGAUCAAUGUGGCAUCAUGGAGGCCGAGGCCUUAUGUAACAGCAAAACAACCAAUAAAUCACUGUAAACAUUAAAACAUAUCUCUAGUGUAAAUGUUUACGUUAAAGGCGACAGCUCUGUGUUUUUGUGCAGCUUUU